ACAUUAAUUUUGUUGGGAACAUGGGAUGCACCCCAUCAAACCCAAAGUAAUACUAGUAUUCCUCAAGAAGACAGAGAGAAUAUCAUCAAAACCACACUAAGAUAUCCACAUUUCUGCUACAAUCAAUUCAUUAGAUUUAUGGGUUUUCUAAUUCAUACUAAUUACUUACUGAUUACUUUGCUCAUAUUUUCCAGCUUUUGUUUGGGCUUGGGCUUGAGCUUGAUGAAUGAUACUAUUACAUCAACCAGAUCCAUCAGAGACCAUGAGACAAUAAGCUCAAACAACAGUGACUUCAAGCUAGGAUUCUUCAGCCCUGAAAAUUCAACAAAUCGCUAUGUAGCAAUCUGGUAUCUCUCUGAAUCCUACAUUAUAUGGAUAGCUAAUAGAGAUCAACCCCUUAAAGAUUCUUCUGGUGUUGUCAAAAUUCUUAAGGGUGGCAAUCUUGUAGUAUUGAAUGGGAAAAAUCUUGUCAUAUGGUCAACAAAUUUGACAAGUAAUGUUACCAAUUCAAGUGCUCAACUUGAAGAUUCUGGAAAUCUGGUCCUUCGAGAUGAUACAAGUGGAGUAACAAUAUGGGACAGUUUCACACAUCCAGCAGGUGAGGCCGUGCCACAGAUGAAAAUUGCUACAAACAGAGUUACAGGUAAGAAAAUAGAGUAUAUAUCAUGGAAAAGCAAUUCUGAUCCUUCUACUGGGUACUUCACUGGUAGCCUUGAACGCUUGGAUGCUCCAGAAGUGUUUUUUUGGUUCAAUAAAACUCGCCCAUAUUGGAGAACUGGUCCAUGGAAUGGAAGGGUCUUCAUUGGGUCACCAAGGAUGUUAACUGAGUAUCUAAAUGGGUGGCGUUUAGAUCAUGAUGAUGAUGGAACUGUUUAUCUAACUUACAUUUAUGGAGACCCUUCUACCUUUGGAAUCCUUUCCUUGACUCCACAUGGCACACUGAAAUAUGUAAGGUUUUUGAACAAGAAGGAAAUUCUGACUCUUGAGGUAGAUCAGAAUAAGUGUGAUUUUUAUGGCACUUGCGGGCCAUUUGGAAAUUGUGAUCCUUUAAACUCUCCAAUUUGCAGCUGUUUUCAAGGGUUUGAGCCUCGGAAUUCAGAGGAAUGGAAUAGGAAAAAUUGGACUAGUGGAUGUGAGAGAACUGCACCACUUGAGUGUUCCAAGUUGAACAAUGGAAGUGCAAUACAAAAAGAUGGGUUUUUGGUGUUUCAUAAUAUGAAAGUUCCUGACUUUGCAGAGAGAUCAGAUGGUAACCAAGAAAAAUGUGGAACAGAUUGCUUAGCAAAUUGCUCUUGCUUGGCUUAUGCAUAUGAUUCUUAUAUAGGCUGCAUGUAUUGGAGUAGAGACUUAAUUGACUUGCAGAAAUUUCCAUAUGGAGGAGUUGAUCUCUUCAUUCGUGUGCCCCAAUCUGAACUUGUUACAGGAGGGAAAAAGGGAAGAGGACACAAGACACUAAUCAUGGCCAUUACAGGGUCAGUUGGAACUUUUGCUUUAGCAGUGUGUGCAUAUCUUUUGUGGCGGAAAUGGACUCCUAAGCAUACAGGAAGUCAGCCUCAAAACUUGAAUAUCGGUGAUAAAAAACAAAUGAAACUGGAAGAGCUGCCACUAUUUGAUUUUGAAAAGCUUGCAACUGCUACAAACAAUUUUCACUUAGCUAAUAUGCUUGGAAAGGGAGGUUUUGGACCAGUAUACAAGGGACAAUUGGAAGAUGGCCAAGAAAUUGCAGUGAAAAGACUCUCGAAAGCUUCUGGACAAGGAUUAGAAGAAUUCAUGAAUGAAGUUUUGGUGAUUUCUAAACUUCAACAUCGCAAUCUUGUAAGAAUUCUUGGUUGUUGUGUUGAACGAGACGAACAAAUGCUGGUUUAUGAGUUCAUGCCAAAUAAAAGUUUGGAUGCAUUUAUCUUUGAUCCACUCCAAAGGAAAGUUCUAAAUUGGAGAAAGCGCUUCAAUAUAAUUGAAGGAAUAGCUCGAGGUAUACUUUAUCUUCAUAGAGACUCAAGACUAAGAAUUAUUCAUAGAGAUCUUAAGGCAAGCAACAUCUUAUUAGAUGCUGAGAUGAAUCCAAAGAUAUCAGAUUUUGGUUUAGCAAGAAUUUUUAAGGGUGGUGAAGAUGAUGCAGAAAACACAAAAAGAGUUGUUGGAACUUAUGGUUAUAUGCCCCCUGAAUAUGCAAUGGAGGGUCUCUUCUCAGAGAAAUCAGAUGUCUAUAGCUUUGGGGUUUUAUUGCUAGAGAUUGUUAGUGGACGAAGAAACACUAGCUUCUAUAACAAUGAGCAAUCGCUUAGCCUUGUAGGAUUUGCAUGGAAACUAUGGAACGAAGACAAUACAGUAUCUUUAAUAGAUACAGAGAUAUGGGAUCCAUUACUCGAAAGUAGUAUGUUGAGGUGCAUACACAUAGGACUUCUUUGUGUGCAAGAACUUACAAGAGAAAGACCAACUAUAUCCACUGUAGUUUUGAUGCUCAUUAGCGAGAUUACACAUCUUCCUCCACCAGGGUUAGUUGCAUUUGUCCAAAAGCAAAAUUUUCCAAGUAUAAAUUCCAAUCAAAAAAGUCAAUGUAACUCGAACAACAAUGUAACUCUUAGUGAAAUCCAAGGUAGGUAAUGUAUGGGAUCAACAGUGUUAUUGUUAACAUUAA